AUGGAAUACUGUCCUGUCAUUGUUGAGAUUAAAAAUGAAGUUCUCCGCAAGGAUAUGCACAAUUCCAAAUUCAUUUUGUAAGUGUGGAACAAGAAAGGUGAAAAGGUCUAUGAGCGCUUUUUGAAAAAUGAUGAUGCAGGUUACUAUCAUAUAGUUGACUUACUAAAUCAAAACAAGACUCUGAGAAUCAAAGAUUCGAUUGAUAUUCACAGGGAUGACGCUAUCACUUAAGAAACGAAAAUUGACAGCAAAAAACAAAAACGAUGCUAUGUGGUAUUCAAUAAAAAGUGCUUAUUUCUAGCAAACGCAAAAGAUCUUUAUGUGCUUAACUGCGAGCCCUAUUUUAAUUAGGAUUUCAUUAUUGAAUAGGGACUAGUUGAAGUUAGCAAGGAUGAAUAUGAAAAGAUUUUAACAGGUCGUCCAUUAUGGGGACUAAUGUAUAAAUUUAAAAGAGCUUUAAGGUCGUUGCGUGAAGAUGGAAAAGAAUUUGAAAUGAAGGAAUACGAAGUUGUUGUUGCAAUAGAAACCAUUGAUGGUUAGUUAGAUAUAAAUGCUAUUAUUCUGAAUUCGAACUAUGAUACAGCAGAAUUUAACGAUGCAUCCCAGAUUCUUAAAAGAGAAUCAUACAGUGUGCGAAAAUACAAAAAAUAUUAUGAAGGCGUCCUCACUUCUGAUAAAUUCUCUUUCGUUCAAUAAGGUGUAGUGGUGAAAAAGAAAUCAAAGCGUAAUGACCCUAUUGUAAAAUUCUGCUACAUGUUUGAUGAGUAUAACACUUUUUAUGGAGUGACUAUGAGAAAAUCUGGUGAAUUCGAUAUAUAUUGGAAUAUGAUCCUUAUAGACUCUUCAUCUGAAAAAGUAGAUGAUAUUUCAGUUAGCACAGAUUGCUUAUACUUCAAAAUGAAAUAAAACAAAUUUAUUGAGCAUAAAAAGGACUCCAUAAAAGGAUUAAGGGUGAAUAGUUCUUCAACUUAUUUUGAUCUUGCUCAAGACGAGAAUGAUUCCUUCAAGUUUGAAUUAAUAUUCUUCCAAAACAUCAAAAAUCAAGUUAAUUUGUAUAAUAGCUAUGCUCUAAUCAGGACUGAUUUAUAUAUCGCCCACGAUAAAUACAUCUCACUCUACAAUGUCCAAGAAAAAGAAUGGGUAAAGCAUUUCAAAUUCGAAAACAGAGAGAUAUACAAAAUGGUUAAGAGAGGUCCUGACUACCCUGAUCAAAGAGACAAAGAGCUGCUUUUAAUCCUUAAAAAUGGUGAAAUUAUUUUCGAUUUAAUAUGGACUAUUCGCUAAGAAGAGAAAAAACCUAUGAAUAAAGCAAAGCCUACAUAAGGUAGCUUGAGUGUACAUAAGUAAUAGCACUUCAUUACUAUUGAAUCUUAGAAAAGCUCUAAUAAAUUAGAUUAAAGAGUCAUCAAAGUUAGUAAUAACUUUGGAAGUUCCAAAUUCCAAGUUAUGGUCUUGAAGGUAAACAAUUUGAUUGAAGUCAAAGCCUUGAUUGAUGAAUAAUCCAUUGACAUUACUGACAAAAUUGAAACUCUAGAUCUCAACCACUAAAUAUCCAUACUUACUAUAUCCUAGAAUGAAGAUCUUUAUCUGAUAGUUCAAAAAAGAUCUAUGGUCUUCAUUUAUCAUGUAAUUUAAGAUAAUGAUUACGAGACUUAUCAAGAAAUAAGCGGGCAAUAUAAUAACGAUGUAGAGGAGGAGGAUAAGAUCAAAUUUGUAAAAGUUGCAGUUUUAGAUAUAAAAGAGGUAAAUGAUAAUUUGGUUUUACACUCUUGCUUCGCAAGAGACCUCGCUGAGUAAAUUGUUUUGAUUGACGAUUGCAACUUUUACUUUGUUUCAGUAAAGGAAAAUACCUACGAUAUACUGCCACUUCAGAACUGUACAGGAAUAUCAGUUGUUGAUGAAAAUUAUCUUUAUGCUCUAUGCCACUCAAGUCCGUUAAGAAGUUCUGGUUUCAGACUUUAUGACAUCAAAACUCUACUUGAGAAAAAGAUAAGUUCUGAUGUCUUUCUUCUGAAUGCUUAGAUAGGUAGCCUUUCAAUGAUUGAUUUAAAUAAUACAUAUUCAAGGUUGACUUUUCAAUAGUCCCUAUAAACAAUGAUGAUUAUCCCAGCUCUACAUAGAAACACUAUCUCAUUUAUGGGUAUGAAAAAGCGAUCAGAUUACAUCGCAACAAGGCAUAAAGAUGGAAAUUUUUAUGCUUUGGAUAGAGAUAAUAUCAUAUUUUCUUGGAGUAGUAUUUCAGGCAAGCUUGAAGAAAUCAAUAAGAUUCGAGCAAUACAUAAGCUUGGCAAUUAUAAGAUUUAUAACGGAUAAGGAGAUGACUAGACUUAUCAUAGAGAGUGGUAUGAUAAAGUACUUUUGAUUGAAAUGACUGAUGAUGAGAUUGCUCUAUCAAGAGGCCAUUCAAGAAGGCCUUCCAAGAAUGAAAUAGAAAAUCAAGAUGAUCUUAAUCAGAAUGAUUUAGAUAGAUCCACUAUGAUUUUUGGAAAUACUCAAACACUUACCACAAAUAUUCCAAACAUUCCAAGAGACUAUCUUUCAGCUACUGGACAUUUAGAAUUUUCACACCCUGUGUAUGAAGGAGUCUCGUAAAAGCUUUUCUUUGAAAAGAAUUUAUGUUUCAUGCUUGAAAUUAUGGAAAAACCACAUUGCUAUCUUUACAGUAAAAGAGAACUUAAGUAAACAAUAGAUGGAAAGACAGUUACUUCUUCAGAAUGGUCUCUAUUCAAGAAACUUGAUAGAUUUCCUUAUGAUCUUGAAUAAGGAUCUUAUUUCCUCAGAACUCUGACUCAGUCCUUCUAAUACCAGCUUGAACUCGAUCUUAAGGAUAGAAUUUUCAAAGUAACUGAUGUUCGUAAACAAAUAAUUAGAUGCAAGAUUCCAAAGUAUUUCAUGGAUAUUGAUGAGAGUCCUCCUCAUGAAAUAAUGAAGAGAUUUAUGUGGAUAGAUGAUAAUACAAUUAGAAUAGUGAGCAGAGAUGGUAUUGAGGUUAUUUUGGAUUUGCUCUAAAUAGAAUUAAAGGAAAAAAGAGGUUGCAAGGGAAAGGAAAUACCCCUUCAAAAAGCAUACAAUUUCAUUCCUAUGUUUUCAGUAGAGGAUACUCCAGGGCUCUAAGAUAAUUAUUUCUAUAAUUAAAAGAGUUUGAAACUCUCCUAGGUUUAAUAAAGACUUAUUAGGAAGUAUUAGGAAUAUAAGUCAAUUUACUAUCUCAAAGAGUAUUAUUUGUAAGAUGAGCCAGUAGAUAGAUAUUUGAAUUAGACAGUGUAUAAAACGGUUAAACCCCCUGAAAUUCUGAAUAGUUUAUAUAAAGUAGAUUACCAGCAGGAUAAUUGUAAAGGAUUGUAUGUUGCAGAUUUCUCAUUCUCCUUCUUGCACUGGAGAAUUAUCGAAAGAUUAGAUGAAGGAACCUUAACACUUCAAGAACUUGAUAUUGAAACUAUUAAAUAGCUGUGCUAUAUCAUUCUACCUGGAGGCUAUACUUUACUUCAUAAACUAGCAAAUAAUGACUUAAUUAUCUAGUAGAUCUUUAAGUUAGCAUAGCCAAAUGAUGAAAAACCAAAUUUGAUAGAUAUCCACUUGCCAUUCAUUCCGAACUUCAAUAAAAUGUCUCCCAUGCACAUUUGCAAGAACAGAGCUGAUAUUAGAAAUAUUAACAUCAUGCUUCAAUACUUGACUGGGUACGGUAUAGAUCAUCAUUCUAGAGCCAUUUCAGAUUUAUUACCUUACAUUAUUGAUAAACAGAUACCUUCUUUCAUUGAAUAUUUAUCUUCUAGGUUCUAACAAACUGAAGUUCUCAAGUCUUUAAAGAAAGGAUGCCUUGAUGAGGGUCAUAAUGGUAUAUUCUAGAAAAAUAUUUGGUUUAAUCAUAUUUCUUUCAAGGAGAAGAUCACAGCUAAAGAGAACGAUGAGAGAGUUGAAUAGCCAAUCACUGUACAUUUCAUCGAUAUGCCAUAUCUAUAUCAUCUUAAUGAGGGUCUUACAGAUGAGUUUUACGAUGAACUUGCGAGAACAGAUCUGCUUGAUAUAUUCGAGCAGCAGUCUAUUUAGAAAAUGAUUGAGUUUAACUACCCUAUCGUCUAAAAAUGGACAAUUAUCAAGCUUUUUAUUCCUUUUAUGACCUUUUAAGCUAUGCUAUUUUUCUACCUUAACGUGGUAUUUGGUACAACCAGCAAGCUUGACUAUCCUUGCUAGAUUAUUCUUGGUUUAUUUGCUUGCUAUUUCCUUAGAAAUGAGAUCAUUUAAAUAUCAAAUGAAGGAUUUAUGUACUUAUCAUCAGUUUGGAAUUACUUAGAUAUCAUUACACCUGUUAUUAUUCUUACUUUACUUACUAUUAAUGGCUUUAACAUUGAUAUUAGUAGAAACUCACAAAGAAUAUUCUAAGCUAUAGGAGUAUUCUUUAUGUGGUUUAAGUUCUUGUAUUUCUUCAGAAUCUUCAAGAGUUUCGGCUAUCUCACGCGUUUAAUUAUACUUGUCGUUUAUGACAUGAGACACUUUAUGGUUGUACUAUUCAUUACACUAGUUGCUUUUUCUGAUUCAUUCCUGACACUAUCAAAUGGAAAUGAGGAGAAUGAUUAAUUUGUGCACGGUUUUUACGAUUCCAUUAUUUAUACCUAUAGAAUCAUUUUGGGAGAUUUUAAUGUAGAGAAGUUUGGAUCAGUCGGUACAUAGCUAGUUUACGGAUUGUUCAUAUUGUGUACGAUGUUCAACACUAUUGUCAUGCUUAAUCUACUUAUUGCUAUUAUUUCAGAAACAUUUGAAACUGUCAAGGAAAACUCUGAGAAUGCUUCUCUUCAGGAAAUGGCAAGCAUGAUUGGAGAAAAUGGUUAUCUCAUUCCAUAAAAGCUUAAAGAAAACUACGCAAGAAACAACGGAUACUUAAUGAUCAUAUCUUCGGUUGAAGAAUAAGCAUUACAGAAUUCUGAUGAAAUUCUUCAUAGAUUGGAUAAGUUGAAAAAGCAGAUGGAGAAUUCAUCUGAGAACUUCAAUAACAAAUACAAGGAUCUUAGUAUCUUCCAGCAGCGAUAAGAAAUUCUACUGCAUUAACUAAAUCAAACCUAACAAGCAAUCCUCAAAAGACUAGAUUACAUGCCUUUAGAUGAGGAUAUGCAUCAUAAUUUAAACAGACAACAAUAGCUACCUCGAGACUUAUUUUCAGGAAUGUCCUCAAACAGUAAUGCCAAUGACGGUCUUAAGAGAUUUAUGACAAGUGCGAUGAAACUGAAUAAAACAGGUGGCAAUCAAAAGUCUUUUGGAAGUGUUCUUAAGGCCCCAUAGGAUUAACAGAAACUGGGAUUAAUUAAUUCAAUUCCAGCUACCCCUAACACUAGAUCAAGAGCUAGUGUAUAUUUACCAUCUAGAGAUAAAUCUACUCUCUAAUGA